UGCGCGGGGUGGAACUGAGCGGAACUCCGGGUGCCGAUGAGGCUAAGUGGGCGGGGCCAGAAAGUAGGAAGAGUGGAUGGAGCACCCGCAUGUCCUCUUCCCCAGGUUUCACCAUGAAGGUCCUAUUGUCCAGCAAUCAUCCAGAUUUGUGCCCACCCCCCUGGGGUGGGGAGGAUAUGGAAGCAUUCAGGAAGAUGUCAGGGAUCCCGGGCAGAGGCGGUUUAUCCCCCUGUACAGCAGAAGAGCGGAGAGAUGGGAGACCAUCGAGCCAACGCCGGUCCCACUUCUACGCCCCAACACCGAUUGCGGCUUCUCACCAGUGACAGAAUAUGACCUGAUUCAUAGGAAGCUGAAGAAAGCGGAAAACACCAACCCCGGAAUUGCCGGAGUGUCCCUCAAUUUCAGCAAGCAGAUGGGCAGGUUCUGCUGGGAUCAGAGCGGCAUCGCUUUCCAGAGUAUGGGACGUCUGCUGGAGCCGCACCUCUACCUGGGAGAGAAGCCCCCGAGGGGAGUCGCAAAAGACCAAACUAAAAUGACAGAUAUGCUGCAGAGACUACAGAACGCGCCGUACCACGAAUGUCCCUACCCAUACAGCAGCUACCCCAUACGAGGCCUCUCCUUCCUCACUGGCGAUUGGCUGCAGGAUGUACCGCCCGCAUUGCUGGCUCAGCUGGUCGACGAUGGCAUGGCCGAUGAAUGGAAGCAGCUGCAAUUCCAGGAGUCUCUGACAGGGGGCGCUCUGUCCUGGGCGCCAUACCCGGGUGGUUCUGGAGGUUGCCUCAUCUAUCCUCGUGGGGCCGUUAUGAACCAGCUCCACUUUCAGCAGAUACUCAUGAAGCCCCCCAGAGUGAAGAUUAAAGGAAAGCCGGCCGUGUGCGACCUCCAGCAGAGGGUCCAACAAAUAAGCACUGGGGAGUUUGAUGACAUUUUUGUCGGUGUUCGAUCUACAUAUAAUUUGGCCACAUGGAGUUUUUCAGCUGAUGAUCCCCCCAGACCUCUUGGUGUUGUGAGAACGAAGACUCCCAGCACCUGCCUCAAUGUCAGCCCUCACCUGCCUGGUGAACUCUGUGUCUGUACGGAAAGUGGGACAUUGUACCUGUGGAACUUGGAGCGGGGAUUGCAGCGAAUCCGUCAGGAUGAACAAACCCUUUUCUUCCGCGAUGACUCUCACUGGAGAUGGAGUGACUUCACCUCCCACCCUCGUGUCCUCCUGUAUGCUGACCGCACUGGAGUGCAGGCUGCAGACGUUCGGGUGGAAGGUGGUCAGGGCCUGGACUUGUUUCGUAUCGGUCAGGAGUCGUCAUCCCAGAGAGGAGAGAGGGUGAUCUUAUCCCGCUGUCUGAGGGAGACGGAACCGGCUCACUUCCUGGUGACCACACAGUUCUCUGUUUACAUCAUGGACGACCGAUUCCCUCUGGUACCGCUGGCUAAAUGGACGCACAUGCUGGAGAGGCCGCCUGCGUUUGUCAGCGUCAUUCCAGGAGGUCAGACUGAGAGGACCAACAAGAUCCUUCUGGGAACCCAGCACAGCCAGGAGAGGGUGCUGCUGCAGUACUCAGGAGGUGAUAUGAACCCUUGCCAACUGCACCUACCCGCAGUGAGACUCCCACAGAAUUCAGAGUCCCUCCAUCAUCUGGAUCCAUUACAGCCCCAUCAAAGGGAGAUUGUGGCACAGAGACUGGGAUCUCCGAUGGCAGGAUUGGCUGCCGCAUGCACCGUUCUUAAUCCAGAAUUCCUGGUGCUUUUCCAUCUGACAGAGGCUGGUGAUGUCUUUACUCAGCAGUUGGCAUACAAGAGGUCUCUGGCUCCGAGCUCCAACCAUUUUUCCGGAGGGAAUCCAAGUUGUACAGUCGAGAGGACAGUGGCUAAUGACACCCCAACAGAGCAGAUUUCAGAAGCUGUCACCAUUGAAUUAGACACUUCUGGCCAAGAUCCAGAAAGUGGACCAAACCUGGGAGCUGUAGAACGUUCUCCUGAAACUGUCUCCACCAAUGGAAUUCACGCCACGAGUCCUAUCUACGAGGUAAUGUCUAGUUCUCCACCUUCGUUCAGCACCAAGUCUAAACUUUCCUUCAGCAAGUGGAUCCAUCGUGUACUCAAUAUCUGCAAAGGAAGCGUAGAGGAGCUCCAGCGUCCGGGAUGCAAGAUUAACAAGUUGUUCCGUGCAGAAGAGUUACGGGAAACUCCUCAGGAGGUAGAUCGAUUGCGAGAUUGCUUACGUCAAGGUAUGAGAACGGGCAAACUCAUAAAAUUGGGCUCCACGACCAGGUCUGAGACGGUGGAGCUUGUGCGCGCCGAGAGCUGGAAAGACCCAUUAAGCCAGAGGCUUACCGCAGCUUGGGAGGGACGGCUUAAACAGUUGUGGGACGACCACAAAGGCCUGAAUAAGGUCAGCAAGAUGCAGGCUCUUCGAGAGAAGAGACGAAGACAAAAGCUGCAGAGGGCUCAAAGCCAAAGCUCCUUAACAGGAAGUCUUUUGUCCUCUCUUAGUUUCCGUUCUGAUGUUUACGAGACAGAAGCCAGUUCCCCGUGGUCUUACGAUAGUGCCCCGGUGGCAGACGUGGACACGUCGGUCUAUUCUGCUGUCAGUGAAAAGCAAGGUAAUGCGGUCUCUCUUGACCAAAUUUCUAACUGUAGUUUCCAGUCGGGGCCUUCAACAAGGUCAGACCUCUUCCGUGUUAGACUGGCACAAGCCAACUUAAAUGUAAGUGACUCAAAGUUAUCAGAAACUUGUCCUAUCAUCUCCUCACAGUCCCUGCGCUCUAAGGGGAUCCCUAAAGAGAGGAGGAGGACGCUGCAAGAAUUCAUGAGCAGAGACCCGCCAACCAGCGUUCCUACACAGAUAUUUCAGGAGACAGCCCUGUCCCAGAACUCACAGACCCCCCCGUGGUCCUCACAAACUCUCCCAACGGACACUGAGAUGCAAACUUGCUCAAAGCUCCCUCCAGGGACAACCUUCUCUCAGAGUUCCCAGACCCUCUCGCAAAGCUUGCAGCGACAGACCUCUCCACAGCGGUCUCAGACUCUCUCAACAGCCACUAGGAUGCAAACCAGCUCACAGCUCUCUCAGGGGAUGACCUCAUCUCAGGGCUUGCAGACCCCUGUCCAGCCACAGACCCCUUCACGGUACUCACAGACUCAAACUCUCUCAACGCGCACUGGGAUGCUAACCCGCUCACAGCUCUCUCAGGGGACAACCUUCUCUCAGAGUUCCCAGUUCCUCUCACAAAGCCUCCAGCCACAGACUUCCUCACAGCGCUCAGCAACGCAAACCCGUUUGCAGCAGCCACCAGCUAAAAAGUUUCGUAUGGGGUUCUAAUUUUUUGCUCUUGUGGCCGAUUCUCAACAUCAUCCUUCACAUAAUU